AUGGAGGCCCAGCGCCCUCCGCCGCCCGCCCCGGGCCGCUGCCCCCCGCCCCGCGCCGCCGGCCGGGACCCCGCGGCCGCGCCCGUCUCGGUGCUCGCGCCGCCGCAGGGCGCUGCCGUGGGCGGCGGCUUCGCGGGCCCGGAGUUCGCGCCGCCGCGGGAGCCGGAGCCGCGGGCCGCCCACCUCGGGGCCCCGGGGGCGCGGGCGGGGGCGGCGGGGGGGCCCCGGACGCCGUCGGCGCACGUCCCGGUGCCCGCGCAGAGAGCCCCCCCAGGGAAGUCCCGGCUGGAUGAGGUCAUGGCUGCGGCCGCACUCACGAGUCUGUCAACCAGUCCCCUCCUGCUGGGGGCCCCAGCUGCAGCCUGCAGCCCAGAGCCUGGCCUGGAGCCCUGGAAGGAGACCCUGGCGCGGCCACUGGGCAGCUGCAGCAGCAGCAGCGGAGACUGGGGCUGGGACCUGGCCAGUGACCAGUCCUCUCCAUCCACCCCGUCACCCCCACUGCCCUCCGAGACAGCCCAUUUCCUGUUUGGGGAACCUGCCCCAAGGAAGAGGAAGAGCUCAGUGCAGGUCCUGUUCCAGUGUCUAUGGAAGCGGUGUGGGAAGGUGCUGAGCACGGCCUCCGGGAUGCAGAGACACAUCCGCCUGGUGCACCUGGGGCGGCAGGCAGAGCCGGAGCAGAGCGACGGUGAGGAGGACUUCUACUACACAGAGCUGGACGUUGGCGUGGACGUGCUGGCAGACGGGCUGUCCGGCCUGUCCCCCGUGUGCCCCACGGCCCCCGCGCCGCCCGCCUUCCCCCGCCUGGAGCUGCCCGAGCCACCCAGCCUGUCCAGCCUGCUGCGCCCGCUGGCCCUGCCCCGGGUCCCGCUGCUGAGCUCGGCGGCACCCCGAGAGGGCUGCCUGGCCCCCCUCCACCUGGAGCCGCAGCCCGCCGCCCUCAGGACCUGCGUGCCGACCCUGCCCUCCAAGCUUGGCGCCAGCCCGAGGAAGCCCCGAGGUGAUGCCAAGAAGUGCCGCAAGGUGUACGGCAUGGAGCACCGGGACCUGUGGUGUACGGCCUGCCGCUGGAAAAAGGCCUGCCAGCGCUUCCUGGACUGAGCGCCGCCCCGGCCGCCGGCCGCCAGGACUGGGAGGAAUAAGCUACCCCCCCCCGCCCCCGCCUCCCCCGCGGCAGGGUCUCUGGAAGCCGCUGGCCCCCCCAGGGGGUGGGGGCGUCCCACCACUCAAAGUGCCUCUGAAGAAACCAGCCUUUUGCACUAAAGCCAAACCUCAGGGCUGUCCCCUUGGCCCGAGGCCCCCAGGGUGGCCCUGUCAGGGUGCGGAUGGGAUGGGCCGCACGGGGCCAGUGUGUGAUGCACUUUGAGGGGCGACAGGGAGGGGCCUCCCCUGCCCGCACUUAACCUGCCGGUUCCAGGGCUCCGGGGGCUGACAUUUGUAUCGCGAAGCUCAGGUGUCUCGGGUCUGGGCCGCGCCAGGCAAGGAGAAAAAUUAAAGAUGUGGGGUUUUUCCAGAAGCCGUGUCUGCCUCCUGGGGGGAGGGACGCGGGACUGAGACCCUGGCACAGGCGGGCGUGCUGGGGAUGGGGAGGCCGGGCCGCGGGCCGCAGAGCUCCGUCCCUGACGCCGCGGGAGGGGACGCUGUGAAACACGAGGCGUCGGCUUGAGCAGCAAUUUCCCAGUUUAUUGAAAGUGGAAGCUUUGCAAGAAUGUCUAGGCUAACCCGUCACAGGAAGGAGACGCCCCAGGCAGGCCCAGAGCUCACCCCGCAGGCGGCAGGUGCGAGACCAGCAGAGGAUAUCGUCCACCUGCCCUGUGGCUACAGACGGCGACAGCUGUGAUUUCCUGCCAACCGCUCACCAAAGUCUUCUCCCAAAUAUUCCGCACAUCUCCGAUACAAACACAGGUUUAUGAUCGUUAAUAUAAAGUUGAUAUAAUAUAGAUUAUCCCCAAGGAAAAAAAGAAAACAAUUUUCAAACACUG